AUGGAAGGCCAGGCUCAACCAGUCCAGGAAGAGAGAAUAGAGCUGGAGAAAAUAGAGGUGGAGGAGGAGAGAAUAGAGCUGGAGGAGGAGAGAGUAGAGCUAGAAGUGGAAAGAAUAGAGCUAGAGAGAAUAGAGCUGGAGGAGGAGAGAAUAGAGCUGGAGGUGGAGAGAAUAGAGCUGGAUGAGGAGAGAAUAGAGCUGGAGGAGGAGAGAAUACAGCUGGAGAGAAUAGAGCUGGAGGAGGAGAGAAUAGAGAAGGAGGAGGAGAGAAUAGAGCUGGAGGAGGAGAGAAUAGAGCUGGAGGUGGAGAGAAUAGAGCUGGAGGUGGAGAGAAUAGAGCUGGAGAGAAUAGAGCUGGAGGUGGAGAGAAUAGAGCUGGAGGAGGAGAGAAUAGAGCUGGAGGUGGAGAGAAUAGAGCUGGAGGAGGAGAGAAUAGAGCUGGAGGAGGAGAGAAUAGAGCUGGAGGUGGAGAGAAUAGAGCUGGAGAGAAUAGAGCUGGAGGUGGAGAGAAUAGAGCUGGAGGAGGAGAGAAUAGAGCUGGAGAGAAUAGAGCUAGAGGUGGAGAGAAAAGAGCUGGAGAGAAAAGAGCUAGAGGUGGAGAGAAUAGAGCUGGAGAGAAUAGAGCUGGAGGUGGAGAGAAUAGAGCUGGAGGUGGAGAGAAAAGAGCUGGAGGUGGAGAGAAUAGAGCUGGAUGAGGAGAAAAUAGAGCUGGAGGAGGAGAGAAUAGAGCUGGAGGAAGAGAGAAUAGAGCUGGAGAGAAUAGAGCUGGAGGAGAAGAGAAUAGAGCCUGAGAGAAUAGAGCUGGUGUUGGAGAGAAUAGAGUUGGAGGUGGAGAGAAUAGAGCUAGAGGUGGAAAGAAUAGAGCUGCAGAGAAUAGAGCUGGAGGAGGAGAGAAUAGAGAUGGAGGUGGAGAGAAUAGAGCUGGAGAGAAUAGAGCUGGAGGAGGAGAGAAUAGAGAAGGAGGAGGAGAGAAUAGAGCUGGAGAGAAUAGAGCUGGAGGUGGAGAGAAUAGAGCUGGAGGUGGAGAGAAAAGAGUUGGAGGUGGAGAGAAUAGAGCUGGAGAGAAUAGAGCUGGAGGUGGAGAGAAUAGAGCUGGAGGUGGAGAGAAUAGAGCUGGAGGAGGAGAGAAUAGAGCUGGAGAGAAUAGAGCUGGAGGUGGAGAGAAUAGAGCUGGAGGUGGAGAGAAAAGAGUUGGAGGUGGAGAGAAUAGAGCUGGAUGAGGAGAGAAUAGAGCUGGAGGAGGAGAGAAUAGAGCUGGAGAGAAUAGAGCUGGAGGAGGAGAGAAUAGAGCUGGAGGAAGAGAGAAUAGAGCUGGAGAGAAUAGAGCUGGAGGAGGAGAGAAUAGAGCUGGAGAGAAUAGAGCUGGAGGUGGAGAGAAUAGAGCUGGAGGUGGAGAGAAUAGAGCUAGAGGUGGAAAGAAUAGAGCUGCAGAGAAUAGAGCUGGAGGAGGAGAGAAUAGAGAUGGAGGUGGAGAGAAUAGAGCUGGAGAGAAUAGAGCUGGAGGUGGAGAGAAUAGAGCUGGAGGUGGAGAGAAAAGAGCUGGAGGUGGAGAGAAUAGAGCUGGAUGAGGAGAAAAUAGAGCUGGAGGAGGAGAGAAUAGAGCUGGAGGAAGAGAGAAUAGAGCUGGAGAGAAUAGAGCUGGAGGAGGAGAGAAUAGAGCUGGAGAGAAUAGAGCUGGAGGUGGAGAGAAUAGAGCUGGAGGAGGAGAGAAUAGAGCUGGAGGAGGAGAGAGUAGAGCUAGAAGUGGAAAGAAUAGAGCUAGAGAGAAUAGAGCUGGAGGAGGAGAGAAUAGAGCUGGAGGUGGAGAGAAUAGAGCUGGAUGAGGAGAAAAUAGAGCUGGAGGAGGAGAGAAUACAGCUGGAGAGAAUAGAGCUGGAGGAGGAGAGAAUAGAGAAGGAGGAGGAGAGAAUAGAGCUGGAGGAGGAGAGAAUAGAGCUGGAGGUGCAGAGAAUAGAGCUGGAGGUGGAGAGAAUAGAGCUGGAGAGAAUAGAGCUGGAGGUGGAGAGAAUAGAGCUGGAGGUGGAGAGAAUAGAGCUGGAGGUGGAGAGAAUAGAGCUGGAGAGAAUAGAGCUGGAGGUGGAGAGAAUAGAGCUGGAGGAGGAGAGAAUAGAGCUGGAGGUGGAGAGAACAGAGCUGGAGGAGGAGAGAAUAGAGCUGGAGGAGGAUAGAAUAGAGCUGGAGGUGGAGAGAAUAGAGCUGGAGAGAAUAGAGCUGGAGGUGGAGAGAAUAGAGCUGGAGGAGGAGAGAAUAGAGCUGGAGAGAAUAGAGCUGGAGGAUGAGAGAAUAGAGCUGGAGGAGGAGAAAAUAGAGCUGGAGAGAAUAGAGCUGGAGGAGGAGAGAAUAGAGCAGGACAGAAUAAAGCUGGAAAGAAUAGAGCUAGAGGUGGAGAGAAAAGAGCUGGAGAGAAUAGAGCUAGAGGUGGAGAGAAUAGAGCUGGAGAGAAUAGAGCUGGAGGUGGAGAGAAUAGAGCUGGAGGAGGAGAGAAUAGAGCUGGAGGAGGAGAGAAUAGCGCUAGAGAUGGAGAGAAUAGAGCUGGAGGAGGAGAGAAUAGAGAAGGAGGAGGAGAGAAUAGAGCUGGAGGAGGAGAGAAUAGAGCUGGAGGAGGAGAGAAUAGAGCUGGAGGUUGAUAGAAUAGAGCUGGAGGUGGAGAGAAUAGAGCUGGAGAGAAUAGAGCUGGAGGCGGAGAGAAUAGAGCUGGAGGUGGAGAGAAUAGAGCUGGAGGAGGAGAGAAUAGAGCUGGAGGAGGAGAGAAUAGAGCUGGAGGAGGAGAGAAUAGAGCUGGAGGUGGAGAGAAUAGAGCUGGAGGAGGAGAGAAUAGAGCUGGAGGAGGAGAGAAUAGAGCUGGAGAGAAUAGAGCUGGAGGAGGAGAGAAUAAGGACUGAGUGGCUCGUAUCAGCGAGCCCGGUGCCCCAUACUCCUGCAGUACCCCCAACAGAGCCCCUCGAGGGCAUGGUCAUAGGCCUUCUCCAGAUCCACAAAACAGGCAGGUCAAAUUCCCAUGACCCCUUCAGCAGCUCCGCAAGAAUAAAGAGCUGA